AUGAGCGAAGAAGAAUCGUUAGAAGUUUUAUUAGCUGAACGGAUUAACGCUGCAAAGGAUCUUUUCUCGAAGCUACACGAGGAUCAGUAUGCCAAGAUACUGGGGAUUGGGAAAUUUCGCAAUCGACUAGCCAGCGAGCUUCGUUUUCUUGAAGGAAUUUCUGAGGGUAAAACCCAAUUACUACGGAAAUACAUCGAUACGUCAAAUGUUACACAUUUUGAGAAUAUUUUCAAUCAGAUUACGAAACUGAACAAAGUUAAAGCCAUUUUGCACACUUUCACCCUCGUGGAUAAAGAAAAUGGAGAAACCUUAAAACAUACAGCUGAUUUAGUUGCAGACGGAGGUGAACAAUGGGUGAAGGUGGUUUCCCGAAGCGCUAAAGGUGUAGCUAUGGACUGGUUGACGGGAAAUGAUCGAAACAUUUUUGAUCAGGCAUCAGCUUACCUUCAAACAGCUAUUCUUUUUCCGACUGGAUUUGUUGUACCAAAGAUCACAUUUUUCUUUAUGGGUGGUGUACCGGAUAAAAUGGCCGAAAGGCUACGCAGAAUGGGAAUUCGAGUUCAUGGAGAAGAGGUUUUACUUGACGAUCUAGUGAAAGUUCCUAGCGACUUGCUAGAGGCUCUCGAAGAGAAAGAAGAUCUUAGAAUACCAAUAAAUUCCGACGAUAAUGAGUUACCGCCAGAUGCUCCAAUUAAUUUGGAUGUUAGCACUGUAUUUGUUUUGGUGUCUAAUCUCACACAUGAAGGAGGAACGGAACACAACUUUCAAAGCAAGUUGCUACGCGAGCAAGCCGUCUGGGAGAAGAGUGCUCCGGAGAAAGAAAAGUUGCUACACCAAAUUGAGGGUCAUCGAUGGAUUAUUUGUCAAACUGCAUAUGAAAGUGUUGUCAAUAUCGUAUCUACAGUAGCCGGACCAGCAGAAAAAAAACGGGUAGAAGAGUUACUUAAAAACGUUGAAGUUGUGGAAGAUAAACUGACUGAACGAUCAGCUUCACUGCCCGAUAGUGAGCGGAUUAGCGCACGGAGCAGGGUAAUUUUCGGGUCUGGUGAUUACUACCGAGCUGUGACGACAACCGCUAAUAAGCAUUUUGUCUCAUCUGCUUAUCACCAGGGUGUAUGCUUCAAUGUACUGGUACACGAACCACGAGCACUUAGCGAGCAAAAAGAGGAUGUUGGUAUUAAAAAGAUGAGUGCCGAUUCGGUCCCGAAAUAUUUGCUCCGGAAGAUCGACUGCAAUCAGCAAGCUGUUAGGAAUGUCAAAUAUAAUGUCGAUGGCAAUUAUGUAUUAACCUGCGGCUCCGACAAAACGAUAAAGCUCUGGAAUCCAAACACGGGUGCUCAUGUUAGCACAUUUAUGGGUGUGGGCAACGAGAUAUUAGACAUGGCUUCUUCUUCGGACAACUCGCAACUUGCUGCUGGUGGACUUGAUAAAUGUGUCACGGUUAUUGAUGUGGAGACCGGGAAAACGGUUAGAAAAUAUCGAAAUCAUGCCGCCAAAGUUAACGUUGUCUGUUAUAAUGAAGAAUCGAACUGUCUCUUGUCUGGGUCGAUGGAUACAACUGUUCACGUUUAUGAUGUGAGAACCAAAAAUGAAAAAGCUAUUCAGAUUUUUAAUGAAGCAACUGAUGCGAUACUUUCGAUAGAUGUAAAUGGACACGAUAUCGUGGUUGGAUCAGCUGAUGGUCACUACAGACAUUAUAGCGUGCGUGAUGGAGUGGUAAAUGAAGAUUUUCUUGGCGAAUCGGUGACGUCGGUUUCGUUUACCCCAGAUGGAAAUUGCAUACUUGCUUCCACUUUGGAUAGCACAUUGAGACUGAUGGACAAAUCAAACGGAAAAAUGCUCGCACAAUAUAAGGGUCAUCAAAAUCGCGACUUUAUGAUUCGAUCUUGUAUUCUUGCCUCGAUCACCGAAGUUGCAACAGGGAGCGAAGAUGGAAACGUUCAUGUUUACAAUUUAAUCGAUCAAGCAUCGUUAGUACGUCUACCCCACAAAAGCCCUGUUGUGCAUACAGUAGCUGCUCAUCCAAAGAAACAGGAGCUGGUAUCAGCUUGUGCAAGCCUCAUCUAUUUUUAUUAUCACGCGAUGAUUUAUGUUGUCGUUGGUGGCGGCGUUGCAGGAGUCUCUUGUGUUAGAUGUCUACGGCAAAAUUUAUCACAGGAAGAUGAGGUGUACUUGAUCACAGCAGGACGUCAUGUAAAAAGCAUUCACAAUUGGAUUAAGGUCGGACAGUUCACCGAACUGUUUGAUGUGAAAGAAGAGGGACUUUCGUUUGCCGGUGAAGGUGUGCACGUAAUUUCAGCAAGUGUCACAUCUUGGGAUUACAAAAACAAAAGUCUCUAUUUUUCCAAUGGUAAGAAAUUAGCGUUUGAUCGACUUGUGAUUGCAACUGGAGCUAGGCCAAAGAAUCCGUAUCCACAUGUUUCUCGAGUGUUGACUCUUCGUGACACCGAAACGGCUCGCCAUUUGGAAGAAAGAUUGGCAGGGGCUCGAAAAGUGGCAAUCAUUGGAAAUGGAGGCAUCGCCACUGAAUUGGUCUAUGAACUACGGAAAGUCGAGAUUUUCUGGUGCAUUCGAGAAGAACACAUUUCCGCCGUUUAUUUCGAUGUGGCGACGGCAAAGUUUCUGGAAGACCGAGCGAAAGUUGGACGUAAAGGAGCUGAAAAGAACCAAGAGCCUGUGAAGCGCAUGAAGUAUGCGGAUGCUGGAGAAGGGUCCUCAACAAAUUGUGACACGACCACCGGAUGUGCUCUGGGGCCUGAUUGGAGUACUGUUGUCAAACUCGAAGGAGGAUCUGAAGGUCAUAAUGUGCAUGUUAUCCCGAAAGUGGAAGUUGUCUCUUUGGUCGAGAAAACGGAUUCGUUAAACCUGCAUUUAUCAAAUGGAACUACUCUAGAGGUCGAAAUCGUAAUUUGGGCAACGGGAGUAGUGCCGAAUAGCGAAGUUUGGAGGAGAGAUUGUCCUGAGUUAAAACUUGCCGCCGAUAAUGGUAUUUGCGUUGAUGAAACCAUGCGCACUUCAAUCGGCGAUGUAUGGGCAUGUGGUGAUGUUUGUACGGUUGAAUGGCCAACGAAUGCCUACUGGACUCAAAUGCGUACAUGGACUCAAGCUCGACAAAUGGGAGAUUAUACCGCACGACGAGUUCUCAAUUUGUGCGAUUCCCUUGAUUUUUGUUUUGAAAUGUUUGCUCAUUGUACUACAUUUUAUGGAUACAAAAUUGUUCUUCUUGGCGAUUUUAAAGCGACUCAUCAACCCGAUGGCUGGUACAUAAUAGAAAGAAUCAUUGACGAUUUUCAAUUGGCUCGUUGUGUAAUGGAGUCUCAUCGGGUGCGUGGUGCUGUUCUUAUCGGGGAAACGGAUCUCGAAGAGGUGCUCGAAAAUUUGAUAUUGAACGGCACAGAUAUGACUGGUCUGGAAGAAGAGUUUCUCGAUCCGGACGUUCAUCUCGAGGACUACUUUGAU